AUGUCGACACCGAAUCCAGAUACAGAUACAGACACAGAUCCAACUGCCCAUACACCAGCGACUAGUGUGACUCCCUCAUCUACUCUUGCUUCGACCACUUCAGCACUUUCUUCUACUUUAUCCUUUCUAACUUCAAGUGUCUUACCAUUAACAAGUUCCAUUUCACCUCCCAUUUCUAACUCUAAUACAUUUCAGAAGCAGCAGCAACAACAGCCUGCAACACCUACACGUGCACGUCGAAGUACAAUAGCUACCCAUACUGCAAUUCAUUCAGAAAUAGCAGCUACUCGAGGUUCCUCUAGCAGUAUAGAAGAGUCUAGCAAAGCAAAAGAUGUCAAUAAACUCACUGAAGAAAUGUUUGCUAAAGUGGCAAAUUACUUGAAAGCCGAAAUGUUGGCAACCACCGAAGAUUUCAAAUUAUUGGAAGACAUGAAUCAUGUUACACGUGAUCGAUAUAAAGAGAUGUCUAGCAUGGCACAAAAUUUAAUGGUUGAAAUGUCAAAAUUACAAAGAAUUUACAUUGAUUUUGAACCUUAUGUUCAACAAAUUGAUGAAAUUUGCGAGCAAGUUGAUUAUUUGGAAAAAGUGACCAUAGAAUUAGAUGAUUACUCCAAGGAAUUAGCGAGCAUACUGUAUACAUUUAAUAAAAAAUCCCGUGAGAACAAAAGUUCGGCUUUUCAAAUUGACGACGAGAUUAAUGAUUUGUCGAAAGGAAUAGAUAAAUUAAGUUUCGUGAACGCUACUAAUGAACGGCCCUAUUUCUUUUCUGAUUAUUACCAAUAUCAAUAUCUAGCCAAUCAAGCCAAUCAAAUCGAUCCUCUUUCUAAUUACAAUCAACAGAAAGAUUUCAAAGAAAAUGACUCGAAGAAAAAGACUUCCUCGGAUGAAGAUGCACGACAAUAUCCUGCUCUUCCUAGUUCAAAUACAUCCUCAUCGUCAUCAGGAAAAAUGGUGAAGGUUUCCUCUCCGAUGAAAUUAAACUAUGCGAAUGCUUUGGUCUAUGUAAAUACAUCAUCAUCGGCGCAAACUUUUAAAAAAGAGCACAAUAGUACCCUUUCACAUGAGGUAUCCUCGUCGUUAAUUGAGAGUGAAUAUACACAAAACUCGUCGUCAAUUGAGAGUGAAUAUACACGCAAUAUCAAGAAGAUCAUUAAAGAGUUAUUGGUUACCAAUAAAUAUAAAAUUUACGGCAAUUGGGCAUGUUGUGAAGAAGAAUGGCAACAAGAAUACAAUAAGAUAGAACUUGAAAAGUGUGUAAAGAAAACGACAAAAGAUAUGAGGAGCUUUUUCACCAAACGUUGCGAAAAUUGCUCUGCUAAUAAGAUGAUUUCCAGUUUUCGCUUAUACAUUCUGCCACGAAGAAUUCAAAAUGUUCGGAAUGAAAAGCCCGAUGUCGAGAUUAUUUGUCAUUUAAUAUAUGAAAAGUAUUACAGAGUGUUCGGAAAAUGGGAAUGUUCACACUGUAGGAGGUGGUGGAGAAGCGCUUACACUUGGAUAUCACUUGAAAAAUUUAUUGAUUCAGCUUUAGGAAUUGAUUUAAAAGCAAACGAUGAUUUUUACAUGGAAAAAUGCAAUCGUUGUAGCAAAAUGAUCAAGGAUGAGGAUAUAAAGUGCCGUAUUACGGGUUACGAACCUCUUGUAUUGUCGGAGAAUGGAUCUCAACAUAAAAGAGAUUUAUGUUUAAAGUGCAAGAAUAAUCGUCCUUGUCGUGAAACUGGUCAAUACUUUGGCUAUCGUCCGAAACGAAGGCAACAACGUGACAGAUAUACCGAUAAUUAUAUUUUUGAUUGUUGA